UCACAUUUCAACAACAAAAAAAAACAUUGUUUAAUAUUUGUUGUUUUUUUUGUUGAAAAUAUUUCAUUGUGUAAUUUGAAACUAAAAAAAGAAAUCAUCAUUAUCAUUUGUUUUUGUCAUGACAACAAUUUAAAUUCCAGAAUUUUUCAAUUUUGUUGUGAAAUUAUUCAUCGUCCUGUUUUAAACAUCAUUGUAAAAUCUGCUUCCGAUUGAAUUUCAUCGAAUCAGAUCCGCAACAACAACAACAAUAAAAAAUAAAAUAUGGAAAUUGACGAAAAUCCACGUGUUUGUUCAUUUAUGGGUGCUUCGGUUAUGGAUCUUAUUUCAUAUGUUGAUCGAUUUCCUGAACCAGGUGAAACAAUUGUUGGAAAUAAUUUUCGUAAAGGUUUUGGUGGUAAAGCUGCAAAUGCUUGUGUAAUGGCUGCACGUUUAGGUUUAGAUUGUCGUAUGUUAUGUAAAAUUGGCAACGAUUUAUUUGGUGAUCAAAUGAUUGAAAAUUUUAAACAACAAAAUAUUUCAACAGAAUUUAUAUUAAGAUGUCCAGAUCAAAUGACCGGUACAGCAUCAAUAACUGUAACACGUAAAGCUGAAUGUAAUAUUGUUUAUGUACCUGGUCCAACUGAUCUAUUAACACCUGAUGAAAUUAAUAAAUUAAGUGAUUUAUUAUUUAAAAAUUGUCGUUUAUUUGUUAGUACAUUUGAAUGUAUACCUGAAUCACUUCAUACCGCAUUAUUAUUGGCACGUAAACAUAAAGUUCCCACAUUGAUAAAUGGUGCACCAUCAUUUCCAAAACCAAUGGAAAAUAGUCAUAUUUUUCCAUUAUGUGAUAUAUUAUGUGUUAAUGAAUCGGAAGCAAAAUUAAUGACAAAAUUACGUGUCGAUACUAUUGAUGAUUGUCGUAUUGCAUGUAAAAUGAUAUUGGAUAAAGGUUGUGGUUCGGUUAUAUUAACAAUGGGUAGUAAUGGUGCACUUUAUGUUAAUCGACAUCAAGCUAUACAUAUACCAGUACCGAAUAAAAUACAACCAUUGGAUACAACUGGAGCUGGUGAUUCAUUUAUGGGUUCUUUAGCAUUCUAUUUGGUACAUUUUCCUAAUCUAACAAUCGAAGAAACAAUAAAACGUUGUAAUAGAAUAGCAUCAAUAGCUGUAACAAAACUUGGUACACAGGAUAGUUAUCCAUAUCGUAAUGAACUGCCUGAAGAAUUAUUUCUUUAAAUUUAUAAUAUGUUUUUAUUUCAUCUUCAUUUUUU